CCAAACGACUCUACAUUAGCUCAUACAUGCUACCACUGGCUACGAUAUGCUUCUGUUGGAGAACAGAAAUGAGCAGCAAUGCAACUUGUCUGCUUCUUGGAGCGACUGGUGUCGGAAAAACGUUACUAAUGAAACGUCUACAAAAGCUCAGUUUUCACGGACCAGGUGAACUGGGGGGACCUCCUUCUACUCUUCCUACAGUAGGAACCAACCUCACAGACCUGACACUGAAGAGGAAGAAGCUGACAUUAAGAGAGCUGGGAGGCUGCAUGGGCCCUAUAUGGCCGAGUUACUUCAAAGACUGCUCCUCGGUCAUUUUCAUGGUAGACUCAAGCAACACUGCUCAGGUAUCCUCCUCCUGUAUCCAGCUGCUGUCAGUGCUCUCUGCUGAACCUCUGCGUAGUGUCUCGGUGCUUAUUCUCUUCAACAAGAGGGACAUGCCUUGCACUAUGAGUCUUACAGAGAUGAAGUCACUGUUCAGAAUGGAUGACAUCAUUGCAUCGGCUACUCAGCCAAUCACAACACUGGAAGUCAGUGCCCACUCUGGACAGGGACUUCAGGAGGUGCUGAGCUGGCUGGAGUCCAUCGCAAUCAAGUGAACUAUAAUACAUGUGUUCCUUAUAAAGUGAUGCUCCUCUCACAGAAGUUUAAAUAAUGACUUAAAGCCUUUUGGCAUGAGAUGUCAGUAUUUCCAGCAGAGACUGUUCAGAGGAUUUAGGGGGUCGCCCUGGUAGCUUACCUGGUAGAGCGUCAAACAUGUAUCAAGGAGGAGACCUUACCACAGCAGCUCAGGUUCCAUUGCAGCCCGUGCCCUUUGCUGCUUGUCAUCACUUCUCUCUCUCCCCUACCUUUCCUUUCGGUCUCCAGCUGUCCAUACAUAAGUAUUAAAUGCCAAGCAUAAAAGCAAAAAAAGUCAUGACAAGAAAAACAGGUAAAGGUCUAGUGUGUAACAUUUAGGAGGAUCUGUUGGAAUAUAAUAUUCAUAGGUAUGUUUUCGUUAGUGUAGAAUCACCUGAAAAUAAUAAUUGUUGUGAGUUUGUUAUGUUAGAAUGAUGAUUUUGGCGAGUAUCUGUACUUUCUCCUAUAUGCUUUGAAGGCAAGCGACAUUCAGUUGGUUGCAAUCUGCAACGUCACUGCUUUAUAGCACUAAAUCCUACAGACUGGACCUUGUUUAUAAGUGUGAAUGGAGAAGGGAAUGUAUUAGUGAUAUCAUGGCAGGAUGAUUGUAUGGUUGACCAUUUAUUAAAUCAACAUUAUAAAGUGA